AUGCGAAUCAAACCUCACCACCACUACCACAACCACAACCAUCAUCUCCCCCACCACACCCAAAACCACCGCCCACACAAUCGCUUCCACAACCCCCCCUACUCCCGAUACACCCCGCCUUCCCCGCCGCACAAGCCUCCACAACCCCUCUCCCACCCCAAGAUCAUCCUCCUGACCUUUUUCAUCGUGCUAUCAGUGGCCUUCUUCCUACUAGCCGUGUAUGUGUCGUUCCGGCGGAGACGGCUGAGCGAGGCAGCGGCACGGGUCAGGAGACGGGAGAGGCGGGAAGCGGUCAGGGCGUGGCGAGCGAAUGGGGGGGUGAAGAAGGUGGAUGAAGAAGAUGGAGGGGUGGAAAACGCUGGGGAGAAGGUAUCGUUGUUGGUGGGGGGUGAUGAUACGGGGGAAGGCCUGGUAGUGGGGAGUAAGGGUGUGGCAGAUUAUAGUGAUACCGGUACUGGGGAAAUGCGAGUGCGCAGAUGGACGGCCACCUGGGCGGACAAGGUCGGGAAGCGAGCGGCGGUGGUCUCUGGUGGGAUGAAAGGGUGGAGGUUGGCACCAUCAAAGGACCUCGAGGCUCAAUGUGUAAAAGGCGGGAUCUACUAG